GGCAGUCGAGUCCCCUGGUCUUCAGGCGUCUUGUACGCAUGCGUAAGGGAGGAAGCGACUUCUCUUCAACAUGGCGGCGACCAUAGACAACAGCAAUGCCGUACAGGCGACAAAGAAAAAGCACCUCGGGAUCCCCGAAGCGGUGUUUGUGGAGGACGUCGACUCGUUCAUGAAGCAGCCCGGCAACGAGACGGCAGACUCGGCGCUCAGGAGGCUGGACGAACAGUACCAGAAAUACAAAUACAUGGAACUCAACCUGUCCCAGAAGAAACUCCGGUUGAAAAACCAGAUCCCACAGAUCACCCAGACGCUAGAAAUCCUCCGACACAUGCAGAAGAAAAAGGAAACCACGGAGCCCAUGGAAACACAUUUCCUGCUGGCCGACAACGUUUACUGCAAGGCCUCCGUGCCGCCCACUGACAAAGUUUGCCUAUGGUUAGGGGCCAACGUCAUGUUAGAAUACAACAUCGACGAAGCCCAGGCUCUCCUAGAGAAGAACCUGUCCACGGCGUCUCGCAACCUGGAGACGCUCGAGGAAGACCUGGACUACCUGAGAGACCAGGGCACCACCACCGAAGUCAACAUGGCGCGAGUCUACAACUGGGACGUAAAGAGGAGGAGCAAAGAAAACCUCCUGAAAUCCGCAGCCAAGUCUUAGUUAAACAGAACAGUGUCUAUGUUCCUCCCCCCCCUCUGCUAACUUCCUCCUUAGUCAUUAAAAGAAAAAUAAACCCCGAGCUGAAGUCAUGCGUAUGUUGACCCCUUUCUGACCGCCGGAGCUCGGCUCACGGAGGCCUCGUCUGAAACGUUACUGGAAGUUUGAAGCUGCUCCGGUCGAGCGUUUGUCAUAGUUCAGUCUUUCCUCCUCGGCGUCUCCUCUGUCAAACCUCCACCACUACUGUUUUCUGUUGAUUUUUCUUUCUUUUUUUUACUUUUUAAAGUAUUUUUUCAAGUAAAAACUAACGUCAACAAGGCA